CGCAGGCACUGCGGGAAGAAUAGAGAAACCUGAACCCCAUUCGCACUGGGGAAAAUAGAGGGAGGAGUGAGACACACGCCGUGUGAUUAUUAUAGACGCGGCCAUUACAUUGAGCAGCACGGAUGGGGAAAAAAAACAUAAUAAAGCUGGUACCGGCGAGUCAAGACCGCAUCGGCAAAGGAAUAUAAGAAGUACCGUCCGGAUACCGUUUCAUUGAGGCCUCAUAUCUGCUUUCGGAAGGAGUCGAACGGACCGCCCACCGCACACAGACACACACAUACUUGAGAAGCGCACACAUAUAAACCCAAUCACCGGCCCGCACGCGCUACAAUGGACUUUAAAUACGAUAACCGUUGGGAUUCUGAUCUAAACCAAUGAAAUAUGGGUUUAUUUAGUAGUACAUCUAGAUUUGAACAUUUUCAAGCGUUUAACCGUAAUAUAUGAUAAGGGAUAUUUACUACUCUAAAGAUAGAUAUUUACGCAUUUUUAUUUAUCUAAUCUUGUUUUGACCGCACAUAUAGGAACCGCAGGUCCAGAGUAGCUUUGUUUCACUAGAUUUAUUUAAUUCGCCGUGUUUACGAACACCAAAAAUAAUAUAAUACGCGUUAGAAACACACUGAAACGUGAGUCGGUAUCCACUGUGGAUAUUUACCGCAAAACGGACUUGACAGCUGUUGUCGGACGACCGGGUUCCACCGUCCUGGAUUACUCCAUCAGCGGGCCGCUGUGAGUCGGCCAGCGGGAGUGAGAGACGCUAUGGCCGGCUUCGUCCCGGGCUUACUCCCGGUGAAUCACUCCCAGGAGAAGGAGUUCGCACAGGCGUAUGAGGAUGUGCUGGAGAGAUAUAAAGAUGAACGAGACAGGGUGCAGAAGAAAACUUUCACAAAAUGGGUCAACAAACAUCUCAUAAAGGUGCGGAAGCACAUCACAGACCUGUAUGAGGAUCUAAGGGAUGGGCAUAACCUUAUUUCCCUGCUUGAGGUGCUGUCUGGUGUCACAUUGCACAAGGGUGUGUCAACUCUGCGGAGAACGUCUGUGUCACGCGCACCCCCACUCAUCCUGAUGGGUGGGGAGGAUGAGGAGGAUGGAGCUCAGGGACCCAGGGAAAAGGGUCGCAUGCGAUUUCACCGACUCCAGAAUGUGCAGAUUGCCUUGGACUUCCUCAAGCAGAGACAGGUCAAAUUAGUGAAUAUACGCAAUGAUGACAUCACAGAUGGGAACCCAAAACUGACACUGGGAUUGAUCUGGACCAUCAUUCUUCACUUCCAGAUUUCUGAGAUCUAUGUGAGCGGUGAGUCAGGUGACCUCACGGCGAAAGAGAAGCUGCUAUUAUGGAGUCAACAGGCUACAGAGGGCUACCCCGGUCUCCGCUGUGCCAAUUUCUCUUCCAACUGGAGCGAUGGACGCUUGUUCAAUGCUCUUCUGCACAGAUACAGGCCGGACCUGAUAAACAUGGAAGUGGUUGCGCAACAAAGUAACCGUGAGAACCUGGAACAGGCCUUUGAGAUUGCAGAGUCGUUGGGGGUAACAAGACUUCUAGAUGCUGAAGAUGUUGAUGUGUCGUCGCCAGACGAGAAAUCUGUCAUCACGUACGUCUCCUCCAUCUACGAUGCUUUCCCCAAGAUCCCAGAGGGUGGAGAAGGCAUUGCAGCUCAUGAGGUUGACCAGCGAUGGACAGAGUACAAAUCUGGCUUCUCUUCUCUGCUGCAGUGGACCAGGCAACAUACGGCCCUCAUGGCCAAUAGGAGCUUCCCCCACAAUCCUGUGGAACUCAAGGCACUUUACAAUGAAUAUGUACACUUCAAAGAAACUGAGAUCCCCGCAAAGGAAAGAGAGAAAAGCCACAUUGAGCACCUUUACAAGCUUCUGGAGGCAUGGAUAGAGUUUGGGCGCAUUAAGUUGCCUCAAGGGCUACACCCUAAUGAUCUGGAGGAGGAAUGGGGAAAACUGAUCCUGGAGAUGUUGGAGAGAGAGAAAGCACUGAGGCCUGCUGUGGAAAGGUUGGAGUUACUCUUGCAGAUGGCCAAUAAGAUCCAGAACAUGACUCUAGAUUGUGAGGAGAAACUCACACUGGCGAAGAACACUUUGCAGGCUGACAUGUCUCAGCUAGAGAAUGGGCAGCCAGUGCGGUGUGAGAAUGAAUUGGGGUUGUAUGUGCAGGACUGUGAGGCUCUUGUCAGACAGCUUCACCUUGACCUGCAGGUCCUUCGAGAUGAGAAGUACUACCAAGUGGAACAGCUGGCUUUCAGGGUGUCAUGUCUGCAGGAGGAGCUGGUCUCUAUGCGCCUGCAGUGUGCCAGUGUGUACAGGAAGGGUCAUUUCUCCACGGGGGGUCUGCUGGGAGAGCACGUGGGUCAGAAGGGGUCACCAGGAGGUCUGGCUACACUCGGAGCACAGACACUCCUGGGAGCAGUGGGUGCUGCGGCGUCUUUGCUCAGGCGGCCGAUGUCUCGUGCAGAUCUGGUAGCCAUGUCCUCCUCUGAAGAUGAAGGCAGUCUGCGCUUCAUCUAUGAGCUUCUGGGAUGGGUUGAAGCGACACAGGACCUACUGGAGCGAGCCGAGUGGGGUUCUGAUCUGCCGUCUGUAGAACAACACCUGCAGGACCACCACAUCAUUCACACAGCAGUGGAGGAUCUACUCAGUAGCCUCAAAGAGGCUCGAAAUUAUGAGUCAAGGGUCUCGCCUAAUUUACGUAGCAGUUACUCUGAGACGCUGUCCAAGUUGGAGAACCAGUAUUGCAAACUGCUGGAACAUUCGUCAUGGCGACUGCGUUGCCUGGAGAGCCUUCGAGCUUUUGUGUCCCACUGCACCGAGGAGCUGAUCUGGCUCAAUGAGAGGGAGGAGGAGGAGCUGGCCUUCGACUGGAGUGACGGCAACACCAACAUGGCUGCCAAAAGAGAGCAAUAUGCUGACAUGAGGUCAGAGCUGGAAGAAAAACAGGAAGUGAUGCGCUCCCUCCAGGAGACAGCUGACCACAUGUGUCAAGAAAACCACCCAGCCAAACAAACAGUGGAGGCCUACAGUGCUGCCCUGCAGACGCAGUGGCAGUGGAUUAAAGAGCUCUGCAUAUGUGUGGAGCAGCACCUCAAGGACAACACUGCCUACUUCCAGUUUAUGAGUGAUGCACGGGACUGUGAAAGCUUUCUACGUCAGCUACAAGACACCAUUAAGAGACAGUACACCUGUGAUAAAAACAGCAGACUUGGCAGAUUGGAGGAUCUGCUGCAGGACUCCAUGGAGGAGAAAGAACAAUUGAUUGAAUACCGCAGCACAGUGGCCAGCCUUGUAGGCCGGGCCAAGUCUGUAGUCCAGCUCCGCCCACGCAGUGCAGAGAGUAACCUGGGCACCACCACGCCCAUCCGUGCCAUCUGUGACUACCGACAAAUAGAGGCCAACUCUCAGAUCACAAUCAGCAAAGGAGAGGAAUGUGUAUUGGAGGAUAACUCUCAGAGGACUAAGUGGAAGGUCAUCAGUCCUCAAGGAAAUGAGGCCAUGGUGCCAUCUGUGUGUUUCACCAUUCCUCCCCCUAACCAGGAAGCCAUCGACACUGCCAGCAGAAUGGAGCAGAUGUACCAGAACGUCAUGUCUCUAUGGCACCAGCUGCAUGUUAACAUGAAGAGCGUAGUCUCCUGCCACUACCUGCAAAAAGACAUACUAAAUAUUUCCUCCUGGAGUCUGGACACAAUGCGCUUGCAGGCCCCAACAGAGAGGCAGCAGGCUUUAAACAACCUGGACGCCCACUUGUCCGACUUCCUUACGGACAGUCGUGAGAGCGCACUUUUCACACCGACUGAACGGUGUGAGCUAGAGAGAGAAGCUGAGGACUGCCGUGAACAUUCCCAAACGCUGCUGGUUUCUUUGGAGACAGUGGAGAAGGAUGAGUUGGCCUCUCGUGCUUACCUCUCAGAGCUGCAGAGCAUCAAGUCGCACCUAGAGGAGGCAGAGAGCAGGCUGAUGCACGGCAUACAGACUCCACACCCCAGCACAAUAUCAGGAGAUGUCGCAGACAAUGCAGUUCACAUAGCAGAGCAAGAGAAGCUACAGCAGGAUCUAAAGGGUCUUCAGUCAGAUUUGGGUGAGGUGUCUCGUCGCUGCGUGAGCUUCUUUGAGGAGAAGCCUACCUCUUCCAGUGUGCCUGUCCUACGCUCUGAGCUCAACCUGGCCGUAGAGCACAUUGAGAAACUCAACUCCCUCUCCUCCGUUUAUCUGCAAAAACUGAAGACGGUAGAUGUGUUGAUGAGAAGCCUGCAGGCUGCAGAAAGUCAAGUGAGAAAGAAUGAGAGUCGACUGAGUGAAGAGGAUAUUGUGCCUGCUGACACUGCUGCAAUCCAGGCCUUGGGAGAGCAGUUAAAGAAAUGGCAUUCAGAGCUGGAGGAGCAGGAUCACAUAUUCCAGAGUUUGAGUUUAGAGGUCCAGCAGGCUAGAGAGGUCGGAAGCCAGCUCAGCCAGUUACACUCUGACCGCAGCCCUGAACUGGACCGCUACCAGGAGAAAGCACACCAGCUCACUGAGAGGUGGAGCGGAGUGCGCAGGCAAAUGGAGACACGGCAAGCGGAUCUUGAGGUGUUGGGUUCAGUGCUGCAGCAGUACAGAGAAGGGCACAACUCUCUCAUCUGCUGGAUAGAGGAGACCACAGAAAAACAGGAGAACACACAACCCGAGCAGACCGACAGCAGAGCUUUGUCAGAACAGCUCGCACAGCAAACGGCCUUGGUGGCUGAGAUCGAACAGAACCAGGUCAAACUGGAUGAGUGCCAGACGUACUCUAAACAGUACUGCGCUGCUGUUAAGGACUAUGAACUCCAACUUAUGACAUUCAGAGCUUUUGUUGAAUCAACCCAGAAGUCCCCUGUGAAAAGGAGGAGGAUGCACUCUUCAUCAGAUGUCAUCACACAGGAGUUUAUGGAUUUACGCACACGCUACACAGCUCUCGUUACCCUGACAACGCAACAUGUCAAGUAUAUUAGUGAUGCACUACGACGAUUGGAGGAGGAAGAGAAAGAGGUGGAAGAGGAGAGGCAGGCACGAGUGGGGCAGGUCUCAGAGAUGCUUGGCUGGGUCAAGGGCCUACAGGAGCGCGCUGGAAGAUCUGCCGAGCCAUCACUUGCUGCACAGCAGGCUAUUAGUGAGCAGUUAGCAGCUAAAAAAGAGGAAGUUGCUGAAGCUAUCAGGAGCACACAAGUCUUCCUGAUGUCGAAGCAGGCCAGCAAGCUAUCGUCUGAAGAGCGUGCCCAGGUGGUCUCGCAGCUGGAUGAGCUGAAAGCCAACUACACUCAACUGUGUGACAGUUCUGCCACACAGUUGCAAAAACUGGAGGAGCAGCUGGCCAAAGAGGAGAAGCACAAGGAUCAGAAAGUCAUCGCUGGAGUAAUUGACCUUGGCACCAUGGAAACCUUUCCAGUUUUUCAGGCAGCACAGCGUGGCCUCAUAGAUCAAGACACCUGUCAUGUACUGUUAGAGGCACAGGUUGUCAUGGGUGGUCUACUUCAGCCUGACUCCCCUGAUUACCUGUCAUUAGAUAAAGGUCUUUCCAGUGGUUUAAUUGAUAAACAUGCCUACCAAUCACUGAAAGAUUUAGAGACUGCCCUUUGUCUUGUCAACACAGCAAAAUUUGCUGAGUGUCAGGAAUUACCAGUAGCCACUGCUGUGAAAGAAGGUGUCAUAAAGGAGCUGGUGGGGCUCCGUAUACUUGAGCUACAGAUAAGCACUGGCGGCCUGAAGGUUGGUUCCAAUGGAGAAAUGAUCAGCCUGGAUAAUGCAAGGCAGAAGGGAUUGCUAUCUACCGAUCUUUGUCAAAAGCUGCAGUCCUGUCUGUACCGACGAGAACUUAUUGAUCCAAAUACAGCAGAAAAACUAAGUCUGGUUGACUUUCAACAGCGUUGUGUUUUCAAUCAGGAGACGGGUCUGCGCUUUUUUCCAAUUAAACAGAAGCCAGGAGGAACUGUCUGCUUAUGUUCUGGCAGAAAGGUGGGAAUAUUCCAUGCUGUUCAAGAGGGCCUCAUCGACUGCCAUGUCACAGUUCGACUUCUGGAGGCUCAGUUGUUUGCUGGAGGUAUCACAGAUCCCCGGUCAGGACACAGAUUGACUGUUAAUGAGGCUGUCCAACAUGGCCUGAUGGAUCAGGACUUGGCCUGCACCCUCAUGACACGACAACUUCAAGCAGGCGGAAUAAUAGAUCCAGUCAGUGGGGACCGUCUAGAGCUGGAUGAGGCCAUUCAAAGAGACCUCCUCUCUCCUCGCAUAGCCUUACGUGUACUGGAAUCUCUACAGUCUUUUUCAGUUAUACUGUGGCCAGAAUCAGGAGAGCUGCUUCCUGUAAGUGAAGCACUUCAGCAGGGUGUCGUCAGUAGAGAGCUUGCUGCAAAAGCCCUGAGAAAACGUUGUUCUGUUGGUGCAAUAUAUCUGCCUGAGAGUGGACAGGUGGUCCCUCUGCAUCAAGCUGAGAAGAUACUUCAGCCUCAGGCAGUGGAGAUCCUAAAACAGACCCAGGUUCCAGAUGUCCUUUCCCAUGUGACUCAGUCAAGUUCCUCAUAUAUGAAGCGAUUGAGUUCAGGAUCUGCCUAUUCUUCAUCACCCUCUGCCACAUGUGCAGGUUUCAAUUAUGAUUUUUCCAUCACAGAGGAAGGCAGGUCAGAAGAGCAGGUUCAAAACCAACUUCUCACUCAAGUUAUGACACACAGCUACAUUGAUGCUCACUCAGGAGAACGCCUAGUACUACUAGAACCAGAAUUGGUAGAACUACUAUGUGAAAAAGUUAAAACCACAAACCUUGCCAGACAGCUCCAACACAAAAUCUCUGACAACAUUAGAGUUACAGUGGACAGCAUAGCUAUGAGUGGGAUUGAAAAAGAUUUGGAAGAAAUUGAAGAACCAAAUAUACAAUAUAAAAUUGCCUUCAAGGACUCUUAUAUGGAAGAGACUAUAGAAGUGGCAGAGGAAGAUAUUGCACCCUUGGUGGUCAGUGAAAGAAACUUAUUAGAGCCUUUGGUUUUGCAAAAUAAAUUUCUGUCUUCAGAAGAGUUUGGACAACCCAAGAUAAAAGGUCAAAUUGCCUGCAAGAUUACCAAUAUAGGAGAGACAAUAGAAAGAACAGAAGAAGAUCUUGCACCGCUGACAGAAACAAACAGAGCCUUUAUAGUGUCUUCAAAUGAAGUGAUUCGGCAAGAAAAAGUUUUGUCCCCGAGAGACUAUGUAGAUGUAAAAGAUGACAUUGACAGAAAGAACACUGACAUGAGUAAGACUAUAGAAGGAGCAGGGGAAGAUCUUGCAUGCUUGACAGACACAGACAGAAUUUUUAUUGAGCCUUCAGAUGCGGAGGUUUGGCCAGAGAAAGUUUUGUCAUCAAGAGAAUGUAAAGAACCCAAAAUUAAAAAAGAUGAAUUUGAGAGCAAGGCUGAUGUGGUUGAGACUGUCAAAAGAGCAGAGCCUUCACAUAAAGAGGACUGGCAAGAGAAAGUUCUGUCACCAGGAGGAAAUGAAAAACCCAAGUUGUUAAAAGGUCAAAUAGCUUGGAUGGAUACUGCAAUACAGAGUGAGACAUUAGAAAGAGCAAAGGAAGAUCUUGCACCCUUGACAGGAGCAGCUAGAGCUUUUAUAGAGCCUUUACCUAAAGAUAAAGUUCUGUCAUCAGGACAUUAUAAAGAGCCCACGAUUAAAAAAGAUGAAACUGCCUGCAUGGGUGAGACAAAAGAAAGACAAGAGGAAGAUGUUGCAGCUUUGACAGGCUUAGAAAAAGCAUUUAUAGAGCCAAUGCAUGAAGUUGUUUGGCAAGAGAAAGUUCUAUCAUCAGGACAAUAUGAAGAACCAAUGAUUAUAAAAGGUAAAAUUGCCUGGAAGAACACUGAUAUUGGCGAGAGAAUAGAAAGAACAGAGGAAGAUCUUGCACCCUUGACAGGCACAGAGGGAAAUUUAAUGGAGGUCUGGCGAGAGAAAGUUCUGUCAUCAGGAAAAUGUGAUAAACCUAAGGUUAAAAAAGAUGAAAUUUACAGGAAGAACACUGAAAUCGGUGAGACUAUAAAGGAAUCAAAGGAAGAAAUUCCAACCUUGACAGGCACAGAAAGAGGUCAAAUAGCUUGGAUGGACACUGCAAUACAGAGUGAGACAUUAGAAAGAGCAAAGGAAGAUCUUGCACUCUUGACAGGAGCAGCCAGAGGUUUUAUGGAGCCUUUACAUAAAGAGAAAGUUCUGUCAUCAGGACAUUAUAAAGAGCCCACGUUUAAAAAAGAUGAAACUGCCUGCAUGGGUGAGACAAAAGAAAGACAAGAGGAAGAUGUUGCAGCUUUGACAGGCUUAGAAAAAGCAUUUAUAGAGCCUAUGCAUGAAGUUGUUUGGCAAGAGAAAGUUCUAUCAUCAGGACAAUAUGAAGAACCAAUGAUUAUAAAAGGUAAAAUUGCCUGGAAGAACACUGAUAUUGGCGAGAGAAUAGAAAGAACAGAGGAAGAUCUUGCACCCUUGACAGGCACAGAGGGAAAUUUAAUGGAGGUCUGGCAAGAGAAAGUUCUGUCAUCAGGAAAAUGUGAUAAACCUAAGGUUAAAAAAGAUGAAAUUUACAGGAAGAACACUGAAAUUGGUGAGACUAUAAAGGAAUCAAAGGAAGAAAUUUCAACCUUGACAGGCACAGAAAGAGCCUUUAUAGAGCCUUUACAAGAAGAGUACUGGCAAAAGAAAGUUCUGUCAUCUGAUCAAUAUGAAGAAACCAAGAUUAAACCAAAAAAAAUUGACAGCAAGAAGACAGAUAUGGGCAAGACUAUAAAAAGGACAGAGGAACACCUUGCACCCUCGACAGGGACAGGCCAAACCUUAAUAGUGCCUUUGCAUACAAGCUCAACCCUAUCAGAUAAAGGGAUGUUUUCUCAAAAUCAAAUUAUAGAUUCAACACUAAAUGAAUCUAAAAAUAAGCAAACACUUGAGCUGGAACAAGCAGAGAGUAGUGGGAUAUUUCUAGAGAUGACUGAACAAAAAUCAUUUGACAUAGGUGAAAGCAGUGUACACUCUUCAAUCCAAGAUACUGUAAAAUUAGGACAAUAUGAUACGCUAAAUGUCAAGUCAGAUGAAGUCAAGACUGCAAAACAGUCAGAGGAUCUAAAGAAAAUGGUUGAACAAGAGGUAAAUAAAGACAUCUUUGAUAAACCUUAUAAAGAUGAGAAAUUACACCCUUCAGAAAUUAAGACUUUAUCUGUUGAACUAAGUGAUGAUGAUGUGAAGCUUGAGAGUAUGGCUAUGGAACUGCAACAAGGUGGUCUUGUAAGUGUAGGUGGCCAAAAAGUUCUCUUGGAUGAAGCUCUGGCACAGGGUUUGCUUCCAGGGCACACUGCUAUUAAGCUUAUGAAAAAAGCUGGUCUCUUUAAUGGUUUUCUGGAUAGUAAUGCCUGCAAGUCCCUUAGUGUUGAGGAUGUGAUGCAAAAAGGCCUGUUGGAUGAGGACUUGAUGACCUGUGUAUUUCAUUCAGAAAAGGUUUUAGCCGGUGUCAUUGAUGUGGAGCGUGGUCGCCUCUGCUCAAUUAAGGAUGCUGCUGAAGCUGGCCUGUUGGACUCCGAUACUGCUGCUCGUCUCCUUGAAGCCCAGGUUGUGUCAGGGGGAAUAGUUGACCUGCAAAGAGACAAGAAGGUAUCAGUUACCCUUGCAGCCAACCUUGGGUUAAUUGAAGAGGGUAGGAAGGAGAAGCUUCUUGCUUUGGAAAAGUCAUGUCGGGGAAAAUCUUCAGAUCCAAAUGCAAUGCAAACCAAGUUGGCACUACAGUUACAAAUGAAAGGGGUGGUGGACCCAAAAAACAAAAAGACAGUUCCACUGGAACAAGCUCUUCAGAGUGGCAUAAUUGGUCAAGAUGUGGCUCAGGCGAUUUUAAGUCAGCAGAUUGCAGAAGGUGGCAUUGUGCAUCAUGGCUCUGGUGUUCGCCUCACUGUUGUGGAUGCACUUGACCUGGGUCUCAUGGAUCACACAAUUGCUCCAAAGUUAAAAGCACUGGAAAAGGCUUUCAAGGGCCAGGCACCAACUAAUUUAGAUCCAGACACUUCACUUCUUCAAGCAUCUACAGGUUCCAUUUAUGAUGAUGCAUCAAAAAGCAGGCUUACUCUGAGUGAAGCUGUUUCUAAAGGCCUUCUAGAUGAUGAAACGGCAAAUAAAGCUAUGGACUUACCCAAUGUGAAAAGCGGAUUGUUGGACCCUCAUAACGCUCGUAUUGUGCCCUACUCUGAGCUGAUAAACCAGGGUAAAAUUGACAUUGAGACAGGACAGAGAUUCCUUGAAGUGAGACAUUUCAGGGGUGUUCCCCAUAAACAAACAAAUGAAAUGAUGACCUUACCACAGGCAAUUGAAGCAGGCCAAGUGGAUCCCAUACCUGCAGCAAGACUAUUGCAGAGUCAAGCAGAUACGGGGGGUAUCAUUAACAUUUACAGUGGAGAGCGUUUGCCUCUUCUAGAGGCUAUAAAUGAAGGCUUUGUUGAUAAAGACAUGGCUAAAUGUAUUGCCACAAAUCAAGUCUUAAAAGGGGGGCUGCUCAAUCCAGCCAGUGGACAGAAGGUCCCCAGCAUCACUGAGGCAAUUGGAUAUGGGCUUAUAUCCACAGAAAUGGCUGCUAAACUUCAAUAUGACACGUGCCAUUUAGAUGAAAAUGAGAGGAAAAGUUCCAAAAUAUCAUCCUCCUCAACAAAUGGAACCCCUUGUCCUUUUCAUCCUGAGAUGGUAUCAGAUCAGGUCAGCCCUAAUAAAAUGUUACCUGAGAAAAAUCUAUUGAGUAUACCACCACCAUCACCAUAUCUUAGAGAGGCUGAAAUAAAAGAUGCAGAUCUUCUAAAAAAAGAGGAGCUUGAACUUGACGUCGGUCCUGAUUCAGAAAGCAAGGAACAAUUGGUUGAUGCAGUGAUGGAUGACAGAAAUGAUACAUCUUUGGAGGUCCUGACUGAAUUUACCUUGAAAGCAGAGAAAAGACUUCAUCAGGCCAUUAAAGAGAUAAAGCCCACAAAAAGCAAAGAUAUCAAGUCACAGCCAAUCCAAAGCCCUGAGCAACCCCAAGAGAUUUCUGAGAUAAAAUGGCAAAAGGUGGAAGUUACGAACUCAGCAGCUUCACAUGACCACACAAUAGAGAUGGAAAUCCAGAGACAGACUGGAUUCAAUGAAUCUGCAAUUUCUAUGGCUAUUUUCUCAGAAAGCACAGAUAACAGCAAGGAACAAGUCCCAUCUACAGAGCAAACAAAAGGAGAGACAGAGAUCCAAAGACAGACAGUAAGUGAGCCUGCAACCUCUAAAGUCAUUUUCUCAGACAGUGAUGAUGGCUUGCAAAACAAGGAACAAAACCCAUCUAUAGAGCAAAUAGAAGGCCAUAGUUUUAAGCUAGAAGCAGAUCAGUUGUUGUCCAAAGCUGAGGAAAUUAAGGACAGGCAGAAGACUGGUUUGGAUCCUUGUGCUUCUACAUCCACAAGGACAGUUAAGGGACCAGGAAAGAAGAAAGGCAGAGGGAAAAAUGGUAAGCAAGCUAAAAUAGAAAAUGCUGAAAAGCCACAAGUUUCAGACGCCUCAGCCAGAAUUUUACCUAUAGAAAAAGGAGAGGUUGAUGGACAAGCCCAUUUUACCACUAGUCAAAAGCCUAUUAUGAAAGAUGACAAAGAGAAGGUGAUCGAAGUACAGCUAUCAGAGACAACCCAUGCAAGUGGUGGUAUUGCACUUGUGCCAGAGAGCGAUGGGAAUGUGCAAGGCAAAGAUUUGGAAAUGGGGAUGGAUAGAACUUCUAAUGAAACUAAGACCCCCAAACAUGAGUCUGAUCAUGAAAGCAUUGCAAAUCAGAAAGGGAAGACUCUAACACAGCAUAGUGUCACAACUAGAAAAAAAACAGACCCAGGUCAGGAAGCUAUUGAGGUAUUUAAGGACCUUGGCACUGAGAUAUCAGAAAAGAAGAGGAAGAAGAAAAGCAAAAGUAAAAAAGCAAAGCAAGUGUUUAUUGAAGGAGAAGAGAAAAGAGAUGAUGAGACUCAUAAAGAGCAGAAGACUGUGGUCCCUGAUGCACAACCUCAAAGCAAUCAGUCAGAUGAGAAAGAAAGUGAGAAGUGUGAACUUGAGAAAGCCAACCAGGCAACGGCACAGAAGGAAAUACUUUUGAUGAAAGCUAAGGAAAGCAUUCUUAGGAAGGUGUUUGAGCGAGGAGUUAGUGAAAAACAAGCUGCUGAAGAAUUAGAAGCAAUGCGUCAAAUAGCCAAUAAUGGAGAACGCUGCACGACCACGCAAGAGGAGACUUUUGUAGAAAAGACAAACAUUAAGCCUUCUCAAAGUAAAGAGGAGGGCAAUAAACUGCAGCAAGUGGGACAAGAAAUUAAAGAAAGGGUUGAAAGGUCAGUGCCAAACAUUGCAGAGGAUGUUCUACCUGGGUCUGAUACUGAUGCAUGCUCCUCAGCUAAAAAACAGGAAGAAGAUCAACAUGACAAGUGUGCAAACAUCGGAUUAAGUGCGGAUGAUAUGAAUCAGAAUAUUCCAUCUAAAAAGACCUCUAAUGACAUUGUAGAUAUAAACCAGAAAGAACUGGUUCCAAUCCAUAAUUUAGAAGGGGAAAACAAAGAAAGAACAGCAGAAGAACAAAGCAUUGAGCCAUUAUAUACAGAUGAUGAAAAGUUGAUAGACGCUAAAUUUGAACUGACCUUGCCAUCAAGCACUGCAGUGACUGACAGUGAAGUUGCUAAAUCAGAACCCCUCAAAUGUGUCCCAGUAAUGAAGGUCUCCAAAGAGCUUCAGUCAAAUGAGGUGUGUACUCCAUUACAAAUUGCCAAAACAGCAAUGAAGAAGGUAAGCAAUGAAGUUCAUCAAGAAAGAGACAAGGAGCCCCCUUUCAGUGAUUAUGAAGCCACAGAUAAACCUUCUAUUCAAGAAUGUACAAUUUCUGGACUACCCCUUAUGGAGGUGAUCCCAGAGUCUGAUAUCACACAGAAAGAAGAUGUGGAGGAAUAUGCAGAGGGUUCAGUGGAGAGGCGGCCUGAAGAAAUUCAAAAAAAUAUUGAACAAAUAAGCAGGGACACUACAAAAGCUAGCAAGUCCUCACUUGCCCGACAAGAGUGCUUAGAGCAUGACCAACAGAUUGUGGCCUUGCUCUCCAUGGUAAGACACAUCGAAGUCCGCCUUAAGCAGCAGCAACAACAGUCUGUUGGUCGAAGUCUCUCCACACUGGAUGACAUAAUCAGACAGACGGAGGUUCUUUUCCUGGAAAUUACUGACUUGGAACCAGAAGUGCUCAAGGAGACUAAAGCUGCCACACAGCUACUGGAGUCUCACCCUCAGGAUGUUCCUCCUCAGCUGCUUAUGGCCCUGAACAAAGAUGGGCGAAACUUAGCCCGGGCUUACAGUGCAUGCAGGGACCUUGCCAAGAACACUUUGCAGGGGUUACAAGCACAACGUGAUGCACAAAACGAAGCUGUAGGCAGUCAGCUGAAAUCUUUGGAAGAGCAAAUUGACAAACUUCUCAUGUGGCUUAAGGAGACUGAGACACAAAUGCAGGAAGAAACAGGGGUAGAUGGACUGACAUUGGCAGAGAUCACUCGGAAACAACAGUUGUGCAAGCAUAUACAGAAUUCUCUCGCUGCCCGAUCCAAUGAAGUCAGCAAUGUGGCUUUCAAUAUUCAGGUGUUUAUCUCUGAGUAUGCACAGGACUUGCUGCCUGAUCAGAGCAGGCAUCUCCUUGGACAGCUGGAGAAGCUACAGAGGGUCUUUCACCAGGCUGUUGGUCUCAGUCAUGCCAGGGCAGAGGCACUAUCGGCUCAGCAGACGAUAGAGAAUGAACGAAUGAAGAAAGAACUGAAAGAAAAAGAAGAGAAAAUGGAAAAAGAAAAAGAAGAGAAAAUGGAAAAAGAGAGACAAACAAGGGAUAGAGAGGUUGUGCAGCAGCAGAAGGCAGAAUGCUCUCAAAAACUGGAGAAUCUCACAAUGUGGUUGGCGGGGGCUGCCAGCCUCCUGGCCAAUCAGAAAGUUGGGGUUGAGUCAGAUGACGUGAACUCGUUACAGCAGAAGCAAAGAGAGCUAAAGGAGGCGGAGAAGGACCUUCAGAUCAAAAGUGACUUGUUGACUGAUACUAUCCGCUCAGUGGAGGAGUUCCUGUCUGACCGGGGUGACAGUCUGAGUCCUGAAGAGAGGGCUAAAUUACAAGGGGCUCUUUCACAAAUGAAGGAGCAGCACAACUCACUUACAAAAUCAAUCCACUCCUCACUAGCUCAAGUAGACACUGCCAUUGUCACAACACUGCAGCAGAACACACAAAGAGCUAAAGCAGAGGAGCAGAUGCAGGAGACACAGGAAAGUAUAGAUACACUGCUCAGAGAAUUGUCAUCAUUGGACGACUCAAAGAGGAGGUCAUUUGGUGACACCGUCACGGACACCCCGACAUCUGUAACACAAGAGAAUGCUCUGAAUUCUCACAGAGACGUGCUUCAGACCGAGCUGCAGCAGUUACAAGCUCAACAGGCUCACCUUCAGCAGGUGGCCCAGUCUGUCCGCUCCCUCCUGGAGCAACCAGACUCCAGUGUGCCACCAGAGGAGAAACAACGCUUGCGAGCAAAGCUGGACCGACUACAGAGUCAGCAUCAGGAGCGUCUCCAGAACUGUCAGGACAGACUGAGGCAGGUAGAUGCCCUCAGAGACGAGUUUGCUAAGUUUGUGCAGGAGCAUGGAAACCUGGGAACAUGGCUUGAUCAGAGUGAGCAAGAGCUACAUUCACUUGGGGAAGGGGAAACCGAUGGAAAAGGCCUAAAAGACAGGAUUGAGGAGCACAAAAAGCUUGCAGAAGAUGUCAUCUGUCACAAAGCAGACCUGCGUUUUGUGACUAUCUCUGGUCAGAAGGUUCUGGAUUCUGUCCAGGGGGCUCUGGAGAGGGUGGGCAGUACUGAUCCAACUCUGGAGGUAACCAGACAGCUAGUCAGUGACAAGCUCCAAGAUGCAACACAGCGCUACAAUUCCUUACACAGCAAGUCCUCAGAACUUGGCACCCGUCUCUCAGGUCUCCAGGAGCGAUACCAGCACUACCAAGACGAGGCUGGUUCUUUAGACACUUGGCUGAGCACUCGGGAGCAAAAUCAGAGUGUAUUUAAACCCAGCGGAGAGCAAACAGACACCCAGACAUUGCAGCGCACUCUCAGUACUGUACAGCUGUUGCAGGAUGAGUUGGCGGAGCGUUCGGUACAGCUUGAGAAGGUCAAGAGAGCAGGAAAAGAUCUGGUCAGCACUCAGGAAUCCCCAACUCUCAAAAAUGCAGAUAUUAACAAUAUUACAGAUGCUUUGGAAAAGCGCUUUGAAACCCUGUCUGAUUCCGUAUCAGUGAGAGCCAAACAGCUUCAAACAGCUGUUGCCCAAUCAGUCAGCGUCCAGGAGGGUCUUAAAGCACUGCUGGCAUGGUUAGAUGGCCUACCGUUAUCACCUGGAUCAGUCCAGCCCACUGCUCAAGCAGUUCAGGAUGCCCUUACACAAAAUCAGAAAAUACGUCAGGAGCUUCUUUCGAGGCAGGGAAGCGUGGAUGCCACCUCGGACUCUGUGUCCAAGCUCCUGAAGUCUGCAGAUGCAUCGACAGCAUCUGGCCUGCAGGGGGCACUGCAGGACUUGAGUCAGCGCUAUACAGCAGCCCAGGCCAAGCAAGCAGAUAGAGAGACUGAGUUGCGGGGACUUUUGCCCAAGUUGGAGAGUUUUGAGCGCCAGUGCGCAGACCUCCGCAGCUUCACGCAGAGUCGAGAAAGGGCUCUCAGCCCAGUGGGCCAACCAGACUGCAGUGUGGAUGACUACAGACAGACCAUAGAGGAGGUGAGAUCAGAAGUUACCCAAGAGUCAAAUCAAUUAAAAGCAUUUGUUGAGCUUGGUUCAGACCUAAGCCAAUCUGGGAUCCUUGCCAAUGUACAAAGCCUUCUGGACACCACCAAAGAGGUUUCUGAGGACUUUGCACACUUGGAAUCUAAUGUCAAAGAGAGAUUUGAUUCCAUCCAAAGCUGCGUUCAGCAACUGGCGGAGUUUCGCUCGCGCUCUGGCUCCCUCCUCAGGUGGCUGCAGUCGGUACAAGAGCAACUUCCUGCCAAAGAGCCCAACCUAAGCACAGAAGGCCUGCAGAGAAGAGCACAGCAGCUUAAAGAUUUGCUCUCAGAAUUUGAGACCCAAGGAAGCCAAGUUCAGGAGUUAAACAAGACCAGUUCACAACUUGAGAACUUGGUUAUUAACAUCACAGCCCCCAAAAACAAGGCUGGUGUUUCCCAGCUCAAUGGUGCUUCCAGCCCCAACAGUGUUAAUGGCAUUCACACCUGUAAAGACUUGACUGAGAUCCAGGUGGCAGUGGCAGAUGUGAACUGCAAGUAUGAGCAGCUGGGCAGUGACCUGAGGGAGAGGAAGGGUAGGCAAGAGGCCUCUCUUGACCUGCGGCAGAAGGCCAGGCAGAGCACUGAGGCUCUCGUCCAGUGGCUAGGUCCCCGCGAACAGAGCCUGGCACAAGGGCAGACCGCCUCUCCCUCGCGGCCAGAGGUGGUGCGUGCUCAAGCCCAAGAGACCAAGGUUUUACUUUCUGAGCUUGCCGAGCAUUCUGGGAAAGUGGAGGAUCUCAAGAACAUUCUGAAGCAGCUAAUAACAGAUAAUCCAGACUCUCCUGAAGCUGAGACAUGGAAACGUCAGCUGGAAGACAUAGACUCUCGGUGGAUGAAUGCCAAUCAGAAUGCAGCACAGAGGCAGACUGAAUUGGAGGCGUGUGCUGAUAGGCUGGGUAGUUUUGCAGCAGCAGCCAGUCAAUUAGGACCAUGGCUACGAGAGAAAGAGCUGAUGAUGAGUGUAUUAGGCCCACUGAGUAUCGACCCCAACAUGCUCAACACACAGAAACAGCAAGUGCAGUUCAUGCUACGUGAGUUUGAGACACGGCAACCCCAGUUUGACCAGCUGACUCAGGCGGCAGAGGGAAUCCUCUCUCCGACUGGAGACGAGGGUUCUAGAGAUGAACAGGACCUAGAGGAGGUGAGGCAGGAGCUGGCAGACAUUUCACAGCAGUGGGGAGACCUCACCUCUCGCCUCACGGGCCGCUCGCAGAAGAUCGACCAGGCACAGGGAACCAGCGAGCACUACCUAGCCCUUCUCAGGGAGCUGUCUCAGAGUGUGGCCAAUCUAGGGGAGAGACUGGAUGCGCAGGCCUCUCUAAGCGCUCAACCCGAAGCCCUACGCCGUAGGCUUCAGGAAACAGGGGAGAUCCGCUCUGAGCUGGAACAGAGACGGGGUCAACUGGCCCAGGCUGAGCAGCUGUGUGAGGAGCUCAGCACAAUUGUGGCCGAACCGUAUCUCAGAGAUGAGUUACACAAGAGACUGGAGAGUGUGAGCGGCCCCCUCAAGAACCUAGAAGAACGGGCUGCUGAUGGCUUGUCCCAGCUGCAGGCCGCCCUGUCCAGCACUCAACAGUUCCAACAGAUGUUUGACGAGCUUCGUGGCUGGUUGGAUGGGCAGGAUGGGAGUCACACAGCUGGUAUUUCUGAUGCUCUCCCUUGCCAACCUGACACUUUGAAGACCCUUCUCGCCCAACAAGAGGAUCUCCAGCGAGCCAUGGCACAACAACGUGGAUCCUAUGAGCUCAUCCAGGCUGAGGGGGCAUCUCUACUGGCAUCCCUCCCUGCUGGAGAUGAGCGAUUAGCCCUACAGACUCGAUUAAACACCUUACGGCAAGACUGGGAGGGCAUGAACCAACAGACCACUGAGAAACACUGUCGAAUAAAAGAGACGCUGUCCCGUGCUGAGCUGUACCAACAACAUCACAAUGAGCUUGUACCUUGGGUUGCAGAAUGUGAGGAAAGGGAGGCAGAGAUCCACCCAUCACUGGAUCCCGCCGCCUUAGACGAGGCUUUGCAAAAGGCUAGACAGUUGAGUAUGGACUUAGAUCGUCGUCGCCCCCUCUUAGAGUCUCUGAACACGGCAGCAGAUCAGCUGCUGGAGCAGAGCUGUGUUGGUGAAGAAGAAGUGAGGGAUGAAAAGGCUCAGCUUAAUCGCAGGGUAGACAGCCUCUCUGAGCGACUACAGGGACGCACGGCUCAGCUAGAGGAGUUGGGAAGCAGACUGAAGGAGUUUGAAGAUGGCAGACUGGCUGUGGAGAGAAGGCUCGAAGCAGCCAAGCAUCAGAUCGAGGUUCAGGAGGCACUUGGGCCACAAGCUUGUAGCAACAAAAGCCUGGAGCGUUUGCGUAGCCAACAGGAACUGUUAAACUCUGUACAGCCGCAGGUGGUGUACCUGCGAAACCUGGCUCAGGGGCUGCUGCAGGACGCACCCGAGAUAUCCGGGGCCGGCGAAGAUGGCGGCCAGAGGCUAAUGCAGCAGGCCUGUGAUACCGAAAAAGAGUUUGAAGAAGUUACUGAGAAGACUGAGCAAUGCUGCUCAUCCUUGGAGUCCCGGUUGCAGGGCGUGGGAGAGGUCCAAUCACAUGUUCGAGAUAUUUUCUCCCGCCUGGCUGAUUUGGAUGAUGAGCUGGACAGCCUUAGCCCUGUGGGACGAGAUGCUGACUCCUUGGCUUCACAGGCUGACGCUGUCAGGGGCUUCCUGAGCCGACUUGAUGCCCUCCGUGCCGAGCUGGAGGGUCAUGGUGGGGAAUGCACAACUAUGCUGCGCAGAGAGGGGAGCUCUCCUGAUCUUCUGGCCCUGAGGAGAGAAACCGAAGCCCUAAACCGACAGGCAGGCAAGCUGACAGAGCGAGGCCAGAACCGUCUGGCACUCAUAGGAGCAGCAGAAGAACGUGUUAAGGAGUUCUACGCCCGACUGGCUGACCUACAGGGGUUGCUGGGACGGGCAGAGGAGGUGCUGAACACACAGGCCGUCGUUGGGACAGAAGUGGAGGUCAUUAAACAGCAACUUCAAGAAUUUAAGGCAGUGGAAAGGGAGCAGUUUGACAGCAUUCAGCCUAAACUGCAGCAUGUCAACGCUGUGGGUCAAGGUCUUAUCCAGAGUGCAGCCAAACACACCGACACUCAGGCCCUGGAACAUGACUUGGAGACCACCAACCUGCGCUGGAACUCCCUCAACAAGAGGGUUGCUGAAAGAAUCGCACAGCUGCAGGAGGCCCUGUUGCACUGUGGGAAGUUCCAAGAUGCUCUAGAGCCACUCUUGAGCUGGCUGAGUGACACAGAGGAGCUCAUAGUCAAUCAGAAACCUCCAUCCGCUGAGCACCGUGUGGUCAAGGCACAAAUUCAGGAGCAGAAGCUGCUGCAACGGUUGCUGGAUGACCGCCGUGGGACGGUAGAGAUGAUCAGGGCAGAAGGAGAGCGUAUCGCUGCUACGGCCGAGACACAAGACAGAGACAAAAUCCAGAAACAACUUAAGAGCCUAGGAGAGAGAUGGACAAACCUGCUGGAAAAGGCCAGCGCCAGGCAACGGCAGCUAGAGGAGCUGCAGGUGUUGGCGCUGCAGUUCCAUGAGGCCGUGGAGCCCCUCGGGGAAUGGUUGAGCGCAACAGAGAGACGUUUGAGCUCCGCUGAGCCAAUGGGAACCCAGACCUCCAAAAUCACACAGCAGAUUGUACGGCACAAGGCUCUCCAUGAGGAGGUGUCCUCUCGGGAGAAUGAUGUAGACCAUCUUGAGAUGCUCAGCCAAUCACUGCACCCGCUCAGCUGUGUGGCUGAUCAAGAUUGGCUGGGCGAUCGUGUGGCGGCAGUGCGCAAUGGGCAUACAGAGCUGCGUGAUUGGUGCGAUCGGAGAGAGGCCAUGCUGGAGCAGGCCCUGGCCAAUGCACAGCUAUUUGGAGAGGACGAGGUGGAAGUCCUUAACUGGCUAGCUGAGGUGGCCCAGAGACUGGCUGAAGUUUCAGUACAGAGUUAUCAGCCGGAGCUACUAGAGCUGCAACACAAACACACACUGGCUCUUAAUGAAGAGAUUAUCAGCAGGAAGAAGACAGUGGACCAGGCCAUCAAGAAUGGACAAGCUCUGCUUAAACAAACCACUGGUGAGGAGGUCCUGUUGAUCCAGGAGAAGUUAGAUGGUAUCAAAAGCCGCUACGCAGAGAUGACAGCGGGCAGCAGCAAGGCCCUUCGUAUUCUGGAACAGGCCCUUCAGUUGGCCACACGAUUUGCUAGCUCACACGAUGACAUCAACCAAUGGUUGGAUAGCGUGGAGGCGGAGCUUAACAACGUUGAGGCAGAUACAACACCAGCCUAUCAGGACAGACAGAGGGAGCUGAAGUGCGUGUCUGCUGAGAAGAGGCUAGUUCUGGACACUGUAAAUGAGGUAGGCAGUGCUUUACUGGAUCUGGUGCCCUGGCGUGCACGGGAAGGCCUUGACCGCCUGGUCGCCGAUGCCAAUCAGCGCUACCGCCAAGCAGACGAGACCAUCACACAGAGAGUGCAGUUAGUGCAGGCUGCCAUCCAAAGGUCACAGCAGUAUGAAGAGGCAGUCGAUGCGGAGCUGACCUGGGUUGGAGAGACAGAGAGGAAGUUAGCGUCUCUGGGGCCUCUGAGUCUGGAGCCCGAUGUGACUGUGACACAGCUCCAGGUGCAGAGAGCCUUUAACAUUGACAUCAUCCGUCACAAAGACACCGUGGACCAACUUCUUAAGACACGAGAGGACAUCCUAGAGAGCUGCAGUGAACAGCAGAGAGAGGCUCUGAAGAUGAAGACGGACUCUUUAAGUGCUCGUUAUGAAGCAGUAAAUCAGAGUCAUGCUGAGCGCUUCUCAGCUCUGGAGCAGGCUCAGGUGCUGGUGGCUCGUUUCUGGGAGACACAUGAGGAACUUGAACCCUGGCUGGGCGAGACCGAGACUCUGAUUGCCCAGCUACCCCUUCCCGCCAUCGACACAGAGGCACUCAGACAACAGCAAGAACAGAUGAGGCUUCUGAGAGAGUCCAUCUCUGAGCACAAGCCACACAUAGACAAACUGCUAAAGAUCGGCCCACAGCUGGCAGAAUUGAGUGCCCAGGAAGGAGCAACAUUGAGACAACGUUUUAAUGAAGCAGAGAGACGUUACAUCAGAAUCAAAGAAGACGUCAAAAGUAGAGCCACAGCACUGGAUGAAGCAGUGUCACAAUCUGUCCAGUUCCAUGAUAAAAUGGACCCUCUGUUGGAGACUCUGGAAGGGGCAGUCCAGCGCUUGCGGCUGCCCCCUCCAGUGGCCGCUGAGGUGGAAAAGAUCCGGGAACAACUGACAGAGCACCGGGCUACAGGACUAGAGCUGGACAAACUCCUGCCGUCUUUCAGCGCCCUGUGUACCCGAGGAGAAGAGCUCAUCAGCCGAGCCCCACACGAUGAUCCUGCCGCACAGGCGGUGCGUUCACGACUCUUGCGUCUGCGCUCUCUGUGGGAUGAAAUCAGGCAGAGGGCGGAGGAAAGAGAAGGUAAACUCCAGGAUGUGUUAGAUCUCGCCGGAAAGUUCUGGGCUGACAUGGGCGCUCUGCUGAGCACGCUCCGUGACUCUCAGGACAUCGUGAAAGAGCUGGAGGACCCGGGGGUGGAUCCCUCACUCAUAAAACAACAAAUAGAGGCAGCAGAGGCCAUUAAGGCAGAGACAGAUGGGCUGAGGGAAGAGCUGGAGAUCGUACAAACUCUUGGAGCUGACCUCAUCUUUGCCUGUGGAGAGACAGAGAAACCAGAGGUCAAGAAAACCAUUGAUGAGAUGAAUGCCGCCUGGGAAGGUUUGAACCGCACGUGGAGAGAGAGAAUGGAGAGACUUGAAGAGGCCAUGACGGACUCUGUGCAGUACCAGGAUGCUCUUCAGGGCAUGUUUGACUACUUGGACAACGCUGUCAUCAAAUUGUGUGACAUGCCAGCUGUGGGGACAGACCUCAGCACUGUCAAACAACAGAUAGAGGAGCUCAAGCAAUAUAAAGUUGAGGUGUACCAGCAGCAGAUUGACAUGGAGAAGCUUAGUCACCAAGGAGAGCUGCUGCUCAGGAAAGUGAGCGACCAAACAGACCGAGACAUGAUUCAAGAGCCUCUCACUGAGCUACGCCACCUGUGGGACAACCUGGUGGACAAAAUCACAAUCAGACAGCACAAACUGGAGGGUGCGCUCUUGGCUCUAGGUCAGUUCCAGCAUGCUCUCUCUGAGCUGCAGUCUUGGCUCAGUCACACGCACGCCACACUGGACACCCAGCGACCCAUCAGCUCUGACCCCAAGGCCAUCGAAAUUGAGCUGGCUAAGCAUCAUGUUUUAAGAAACGAUGUGCUGUCCCAUCGGGCCACUGUGGAGACAGUGAACAGAGCGGGCUCUGAGCUGCUGGAGUCCAGUCCUGGAGACGAAAUCAACCACCUGAGAGACCAGCUGGAUGAGCUCAACCGUAGCUGGAAGAACCUUCUGCUGAAGACUGAUGAGAGGCAGAAGCUUUUGGAAGCUGCCCUGCAACAGGCGGAGGGUUUCCAUGGAGAGUUGGAGGAGUUUCUGCAGUGGCUCAGACGCACAGAGAGUCAGCUGUCCGCUGCCAAACCCACAGGUGGCCUGCCUGAGACUGCCAGAGAGCAGCUGCAGCAACACAUGGAGCUCCAGGCUCAGUUGACCCACAGGGGUGAGCAGUAUCAUCGACUGCUGGAUAAGGGAGAGUCCAUUCUUCUGGCCAGAGGAGGGGAGGAUGCUGGACCUGGUACCACCCAGACCCAACAGAACCUGGCCUUGCUAACGAACAAGUGGGCCAGUUUCAAUGCCAAAAUGGAUGACAGAAGGGGUAAACUGGAGGAAGCGGUCUCAUUGGCGACAGGAUUCCAAUCCUCCCUCCAGGACACCAUUAACUGGCUGACACAGGCAGAGCAGACUCUCAACAUGGCUCAGCCACCCAGUCUCAUUCUCGACACUGUCCUAUUCCAGAUAGAUGAGCACAAGGUCUUUGUGAAUGAGGUGAACACUCACAGAGAGCAGGUUCUGGCUCUAGAGAAAGCUGGCUCUCAGCUGCGAUUUGCCAGUCUCAAACAGGAUGUGGUUCUCAUCAAGAACCUGCUGCUCAGCGUACAGGCCCGCUGGGACAAACUUGUGCAGAGAUCACUAGACAGAGGACGCCACCUCGAUGAGGCCCGCAAGAGAGCCAAACAGUUUCAUGAGGCCUGGAGGAAGCUGACAGACUGGUUGGAGGAAGCAGAGAGCAGACUGGACUCUGAACUGGAAAUCUCUAAUGAACCUGACAAGAUUAAAAUCCAACUGGCCAAACAUAAGGAUUUCCAGAAGUCUCUUGGCUCCAAGCAGCCAGUGUAUGACACCACAGUGCGCUCUGGGAAGGCCAUGAGAGACAAGGCCACACUGCCGUCAGACACACAAAAACUGGAUCAUUUGUUGGGCGAGGUCCGUGACAAAUGGGACACGGUGUGUGGAAAGAGCGUGGAGAGGCAACACAAGUUGGAGGAAGCCCUCUUGUUCUCAGGUCAGUUCGCUGAGGCUCUCCAGGCACUUGUUGACUGGCUGUAUCGUGUGGAACCUCAGCUUGCAGAGGACCAGCCUGUCCAUGGAGAUCUGGAUCUCGUUUCCAACCUCAUGGAUUCUCAUAAGGUCUUCCAGAAGGAGCUGGGGAAAAGGACCAGUAGUGUGCAGGCUCUGAAGCGGUCCGCCCGAGAGCUGAUGGAGACGGGCCGGGACGACACCGCCUGGGUCAAAGUUCAACUGCAGGAGCUUAGCAACCGCUGGGAAACAGUCUGUGCCCUGUCCGUUAUAAAACAGACUCGCCUCCAGCAGGCUCUCAAACAGGCAGAGGAGUUCCGCACAGCUGUUCAGAUGUUGCUGGAGUGGCUGUCAGAGGCGGAGCAAACAUUGCGUUUCCGUGGCGUCCUGCCAGAGGAGGUGGAGACUCUGCAGGUGCUACUGCACACGCACCGAGAUUUCAUGCAGACGGUGGAAGAGAAGAGAGUGGAUGUGAAUAAAGCUGCUGGCAUGGGCGAAGCCAUUCUAGCUGUGUGCCACCCAGACUGCAUCACCACCAUCAAACACUGGAACACCAUCAUCAGAGCUCGCUUUGAAGAGGUGCUGACAUGGGCCAAACAGCAUGAGCAGCGCUUGGAGACGGCUCUGGCUGAAUUGCUCAACAAUGCUUCACUACUGGAGGAGCUGUUGUCAUGGCUACAGUGGGCAGAGACCACACUGGUGCAGCGUGAUACUGAACCACUCCCGCAGGACAUCCCUCAACUGAAGACACUCAUCACAGAGCAUCAGGUGUUUAUGGAAGAGAUGACCCGAAAACAGCCUGAUGUUGACAAAGUUACAAAGACAUACAAGAGGAAACCAGCAGAACAUCCCAGCAGUCUGUCAGACAGGAGAGGGGCCCGGAAACACCAGCAGCAGCAGCAACAACAGCAUUCGGUACAGGUAACCGGUGGUAACCCUCGCCUCACCCAGCUCUGCUCUCGCUGGCAACAGGUGUGGCUGCUCGCACUCGAUCGCCAGCGAAAGCUCAAUGAUGCCCUCGACAGACUAGAAGAGCUUAAAGAGUUUGCCAACUUUGACUUUGAUGUGUGGAGGAAGAAAUACAUGCGCUGGAUGAACCACAAGAAGUCUCGCGUCAUGGACUUCUUCAGACGCAUCGACAAGGACCAGGAUGGAAAAAUCACACGCCAGGAGUUUAUCGAUGGCAUCUUGGCAUCAAAGUUCCCAACCAGCAAGCUGGAGAUGACUGCUGUUGCUGAUAUCUUUGACCGUGAUUGUGAUGGCUACAUCGACUACUAUGAAUUUGUAGCUGCUUUGCACCCCAACAAAGAUGCUUACAGACCCACAACAGAUGCUGAUAAAAUCGAGGAUGAGGUCACCAGACAAGUGGCUCAAUGCAAAUGUGCCAAGAGGUUUCAGGUGGAGCAGAUCGGAGAGAACAAGUACAGGUUCUUCCUUGGGAAUCAGUUCGGAGACUCACAGCAGCUGCGUCUUGUGCGAAUCCUGCGCAGUACAGUCAUGGUUCGUGUUGGAGGUGGCUGGAUGGCGCUGGAUGAAUUCUUGGUGAAGAACGACCCUUGUCGAGUGCAACAUCCAGGGCUAAAAAUCCUGCGUUCUGACUCCAGCAGCUCCAUAUCAUCUCGCAUAGUGACGGUUACUCCUGGCUAUUUCUGCUGCAGAGCUCGUGGACGCACCAACCUGGAGCUUCGAGAGAAGUUCAUUCUUCCAGAGGGAGCUACGCAGGGUCUGGCGGCCUUCCGGUCCCGGGGGCGUCGAUCCAAACCUUCGUCGCGCACGGCCUCACCCACCCGCUCGUCUUCGUCGGCGUCGCACAGUGCCCACAGCUGCGCCUCUCUGCCCUCUGCACCCGCAACUCCCACAGCAUCCUCAAGGUCCUCCCAAUCCCAAUCUCGUGACUAUGCCAAGCCCUGGCUGGCACACAGUAAAACUCCAACUCCAACCAAGUGCCAGUCCUGCCCAGAGCACAGCCAGACCCCUGGGCAUGAGGGAGGCUCCACAACUAAACUGAAGAGACCAACUUUCCAUUCCAGCCGUGGCUCCUUAACUGGUGAGAACGGUGGAACACCAACCGCUGCUAAACCUGGACGCUCCGACACCAAACGCACUCCGUCCUCGACGAGCGGCCCAGCCAGUCGCGCAGGGAGCCGCGCCGGGAGCCGAGCCAGCAGCCGAAGAGGCAGCGACGCUUCAGACACGUCUGAGCUCAUGGAGACCCACUCGGCUUGCUCCGAUACCUCAGACACCCCUCGCCGGCCUGGGGCCAAACCCUCCAAAAUCCCCACCAUCUCCAAGAAGACCCCUAGCCCCAAAACACCAGCGGGCAAGAAAUGAAGUCUGUGACUGACUCUGAAGGUGGUUCUGAUUUAACCAGCAGGAGGAGAACACAACACCGGACUCUCACCUCUCCAGCGCCCGCACACUGCUACACCACCCAGAUUAAUACCUACCAUAAUGCUGCCUUAUUUGUGUUCUACAUCAUGUCCUUAAUUUAACCGACAUUCGUUUUCUUGAAUGUGCGAUGGAGAGCAUCCUGUGUGAGCAGAUAUACACAGAGGGACAUCAAUUCUGCAUCAGGGGUUUCCACUAUUCAUCACUAUGAAUAUGCAACCGCCCGUCACUCUCCAAACCUCAUCAGACAUGCAUGGUUGUCACUUUGGAGAUGUUUGGUUGGACACACUCGCCCUCUCCAGAUGUAUACAGACCAGCUGGCCUCUCGCCCACAGGUGUCUGUACCACUGCUAACAAGAGGAAGUCAAUUAAAAACUGAGACCUUUUCCUCCUCGGCACUUGGACUUUUUGGACUCUUGUGUGUGUGUGUGUGUGUGUGUGUGUGUGUGUGUGUAUGUGUGUGGUAGUUCCUGUCAUGGUAAAUUAACGCAGUAAUAAGGAGAGGAAGUGGAGGACGACACAUAUCUCAGCCUUGUGACGAGAAGACUAGAUCCUUCACGUCACACGCGAUCCUUUUAAAGGAGCCCCUAUUGCACACAGCACACGAGUUUCAUGCACUCGCACCCACAGUCUUCUUCGCAGUCUAGUCGUGUCCUUUUGUUACAGACAUCAUGUUACAGAGCUUUUCCACAGUAUGCAAAAAUGAUUACAAUUGUGAAUGUUUGUUUCAUGGUUAAUUUAUAAUCUUGACGUUUUGUUUGUUUUCUAGAGUAAAGAGCUGUAUUUAUUUGUGAUUGCAGUAUCAUAUCAACUCUUGAGAAUGACUAGUAUUAACACAAGCGGAAUCACUCUUCUCUUUGUUUUUGUACAUCCGCUCCUGACGUAAUGAAUUGCUUUGACUGAUCAUUUCUGAUGUUAACUGACCAGGAAGCUUACUGAUUCCAAUGGUGGCCUUUUUGCCGGUGACUACACACUUUAGAUGACGUCAAAAGUGGCUUCCUACUCGUUCUUUCGUGAAGGAAGCGUCCUAAAUAAUGGAUGAUGGGGGCGGCUCGCGCAGCCCCCGUUAAAAACAGCGCUUUGAAUCUUGUCUUUGACAAGCUGAAGUAUAUGAAUACCUGAAGAAAGGUGAUUUUUAUUUAUUUAUUGUGUCAUUUGGAGGGGGGUGAGGGCUAUGAAAGGAUCCACCUUUUGAUUGUGUUACUCUUUUGACAUGACUGAGAGAAACAGGGGUGCAAUUGUGUAUAAGUAAAGAAGCUAUGAUUAUAAAUCCUUUUUGUUCUCUUUUGUAUUAAAACAAUGCUUGCAGUACAA